GAUAGAGAGAUGGGGAGAGAAAGAGAGAGAGGAGAGAGAGAGACGGGGAGAGAAAGAGAGAGAGGAGAGAGAGAGUAUAAAGAGAGACGCAGAGAGAGAGAGAGAGAGAGAGAGAGCAGAAGAUGUGAAGGAGCAGAGCGAGGACACACACACACAGGCGGGUAAAGUGAGGGAGAGGGUGAUGCUCUCUCUCUCUGUAUGAGAUGUGUGGGGGUCAGUGCGCUGCUCCGGACCCUGCUGCUCUACAGCUGCAUCAUGUUCCCGCGCAGAGCGGCUCUAAACCCGUGCGCGCGCUUCCUCGGACUCCUUCAUGCUGCGCGGCCGCAGCGUGAGAGCGUCCGCGCGCCGACGACCACCACUGCACCAUGAGAGCAGCGAGCCGCUUCCCCCCGCCGCUCCUCCUCCUUCUUUUGCUGCUGUUGUGCGCGAACGCCGCACCAGAGCCGCCACGCGCCGGACUCAGACUCUCGCGCAUCCGCGCCGGGGCUCUGGCGGCCCUGCGCUCUCCAGCGCACCACCAAUCAAACUCGGAGAGCGCGAGACGGAGCGCGGCCGCGCACCAGCCGCAAACGGCGACGCGCAAGACAGCCAAGACCAGGGGCGCGCACGAGGAGAAGAGCGCGCGCGCUCAUCCGCUAGUUACACCGCACGACUACAUGCUGUCUCUGUACUGGUCCCUGUCCAGCGGCCAGGUGAACACGAGCGCGCUGCACGAGGCCGGGAUGGCCAACACCAUCACCAGCUUCGUGGACAAAGGGCAAGAUGAGCGUUUGCCCCUAUUAAGAAGGCAGAGGUAUUACUUCAACAUCAGCUCUCUAGAAAAAGAGGGAUUACUGGGAGCAGAACUUCACAUUCUCCGAAAGGCAUUUCUGGACCCUCAUAAAGCCCUGCCCUCUGGGGGUGCAACCUCUUUGAGACUAUAUACCUGUGCGACAGGUAAGCAGAGGGUAACACUGCUUCAUUCCAAACCAUUUGAGGACCACAGUGUCCCAAAGUGGGAGGUGUUUAACAUCUGGAAACUGUUUAAGAACUUCAAGAACAUGCCUCAGCUUUGCUUCGAGCUGGAGGCUGUGGACCGAGGGCGACAGUUGGACCUGAGGUCAGUGGGCCUGGGUCGCUCCGGCAGGCAAACCAAAGAGAAAGCCUUCUUUGUGGCGUUCAGCCGCACGAAAAAGCACGGGCUCUUUUACAACGAGAUUAAGGCCCGUUCAGGGCAUGACAACAAGACGGUGUACGAGUACCUCUUCACCCAGCGCAGGAUGCGGAGAGCACCGGUGUCUCGUGCCAAGAAACCACUUGCCAAGAGUCCGAAGCCCCGUUGCAACCGCAAGCAGCUGCACGUCAACUUCAAGGAGAUGGGCUGGGACGAUUGGAUCAUUGCCCCUCUGGAGUAUGAGGCGUUCCACUGCGAUGGCGUCUGCGAUUUUCCUAUACGCUCACACCUGGAGCCCACUAAUCAUGCUAUUAUUCAGACUCUCAUGAACUCCAUGGAUCCUCGCUCAACGCCGCCCACCUGCUGUGUCCCGACCAGACUUAGUCCUAUUAGUAUUCUGUACAUUGACUCGGCCAACAAUGUGGUGUACAAGCAAUAUGAGGACAUGGUAGUAGAGAGCUGUGGCUGCAGGUAGCAGAAAAUUCCAGGAGUUCAUUAUGUUGUUCUGGGAGCCAAAGUUGGAAGUGAAAGCAUGCUGGAAUUUAAAUAACAUUUGACCCUUUUGUACAUUCUAUUUUCCCUGUGGCAAACUUUGUUCAUUUCAUCAUCUUAGACAUUGGACCAGUUAAAGACAUUGGAUUCUGCCAGUGAUGUAAAAUAAGUGACAUCCAAUCCUCAUCCAAUCCAAUCCUCAGCAAAUGUAAAAUAAUUAGAAUAUACAGGAUUGUGUUUACUAACAGAUCUGUUGUAAAUCUAUUUUAAUAUAUCGUUUACACCCCCACCUGAACAUGCCCCUUAUGCAAAUCAGGGAUUUUAGUCAGUGGGCAGCAAUAAAUAAAUAAAUAAAUAAAUAAAUAUAUAUAUAUAUAUAUAUAUAUAUAUAUAUAUAUAUAUAUAUAUAUAUAUAUAUAUAUAUAUAUUUAUCUUUUAAAUCACCCAAUCCACUGAAAUUACUGGAAGCAGCGAUCCAAAUGUACCAAGAGUACCUCAAGAUUAGAACUAUUUUGUCAACUAUUUUGAGAUUUGCAUAUAUGCCGAUUAUAUUGCAUGGGAAGAAUUAAAUAGCCAUGUUAACAUCAAUUAUAUUAUAGUAUGUAUUGCAAGGAAAUAAGCUGAAAGGCUAAAUGAAAGUUAAAGCCCCAGUGAAUCUAAGUCCAGGUUCUUUAUGUCUAAAUGAAUAGGGGUUUAACAAUGUAUAUGUACAACUAUUCUUGUAUAUUAAAUGUCAAAUAACUGACUAAAGCACAGAAUUUCAAAUAAUUUCUUGGCAUUUAGAGACAAUAGGAAGUUUUAAUCUUAGGUUAUGUUUACAUAAGUUUAAAGCCACUGAUCAUAAGACUGGUGUGGCUUUAACUCUCCCAGAACACAUCAUAGGAUCUGCAGUGCUCCGCCAAGACUGCCCAUAGGUGACAACACCAAUAUGCAGACAUAAAGAUCAGUGUUUUACCUGUGUGUCCUAUUACCUGCAGUGUUGUCUAUUUCGGCCUUGCCAAAAUGCACAACAGGCAUACACAUGAGGUCCUUCCCAUAGAUACAUUUAAACGAGGACUGCAGAGCUUUAAGUGACACAGUAACUUGCAGAGUUUUACUGCAUGUCAUGAAAUGAAGGUAAAGUCCAACAAAAAACAUAUUUAUUUGGCCAGUGUCAGAAAUAUACAUUCUUAUAAAACAUGAAAAGGAAUAUGUUACACAUCAUUUAUGUUUUAUACUUUCUCUGAUUGAAUAAAAUAUUAAUAUGCUCUACCUGAUUUAUAUUGUGCUCUGAAUGAAUCAGAAAAAACACAGUGCAUCCAACAAAAAACAAGAUCCUUCUUUAUAUUUUAUACAGCAGUUAAACAUGGUAGCUUGUAGAAACAUGUUUUUACUAUUUCUGUGUUUAGUGUGAACAUACUCCGACCAACUCCUCUACAGACAGACUGCACAACAAUCAGACAAAUCAGCAGACAAAUCCUGUAAAUGUUAAUCUUGAUUAUGUUAUUAAGUGGACAC